AUGCAAAACUUCACAAACGAUGUUUUCUAUAAACAGGGACUACAGACAUGCAUACAACAUUUUGAUUCCAAUAAAGAGAGCAAUGGCAUUUCCAUUACACCACAAGCAGUUCUCCCAACUGAUGUUUCAAGCUUUUCCCCAACUCUCACUCCAGCAACUACCCCUGUUGAUACCGGGUCGAUCAUUUGGUCAAAUUCCAGCUCGGGAGAAAAAAGUAUUUUAAGCAAAAGGGUUAUUCUUGUCCACUGCGAUAAUGGGCCAGCCCUUGAAUCGGCAAUAGCACAGCUUUCCGUUUGCACAACUAUAGCAACAUCCAAACAGUUCAAUUUUGAUCUUCAUGUAUUUUACGCCGUUGCCUGGUAUGAUUUCAGAACUAUUGAUGAUGAUCUUACCAAAUUAAAGCAGUUAUACCUGCAAAUGGUGCAAAAUCCCCUCUCGUACAUUCAAUAUGCACCAAUCAGAGACUCGACACAGUGGGCAGUGAUCUCAACCAGCCACUUCUUCAAAUUUAUUGAAGACGGAUACGAUAUCUUUUACGUCUCCUUCAACUUGUCGCAAGUGCAUGGAGCAACAUUUUUGCAAGAUCUAAUUAGCCAAAUCUCGCUGUUUUGCAGUCUGUACCUUUUUGAGCCGCUCCAGGGUACCUUGAACGUUUACAAGUGCAGAUUCCAUGAUAUUCGCAAAUCGUUCUUGAUAAGGCGCCUUAACCAUUUUGAAGUUGGCACCUCCGUCAUUACAGUAAGCGGAACACUAGUUGAGCUCUAUGAGAAUGCAAAUAAGUGUCCCAUUCUCUCGCUAACUGGCCAACAAAUCAACCUCUCAAGUCCGGAAACAAGUAUCAACGUUGACAGGCAGGAAUGGUCCAGGUAUCAAAACUUAAAGCAUAGAAGAUUGGCAUCCAUGCCAUUCAGAACUUAUUCGAUCCCUGAGCAAAAUGUGGUUGAUAUUUCCAGAGUAGAAUCCGGCCUGGAUAAACGAAACACGCUUCUGAUCCGCAAUAUUCCAAAUAGAGUUGAUUUUCAGGAUCUUAAGGAUACCCUUGAUGCCGUUAUCAAGGGGGAGUACGAGUUUCUCUCAGAUCUCCGGUUCGAUUUCGAAAACCAUUGUAACGUUGGAUAUGCGUUCAUUUCAUUCCCCAAAGCAAAGUCAAUCGUCAAGUUUUACAAGGAGUUCCAGGGGAAAAAAUGGACAAAGUUCAACUCAGAAAAGAUAUGCCAACUCGCAUAUGCCAAAAUUCAGGGAAAGGAUAACCUAAUCCAGAAAUUCCAGAGAUCAAGAGUCAUGCAACAGAACCCAGACUAUCGUCCGCAUUUAUACUACACGGAUGGGUCAUUAAAGGGUCAGGAGCAGAUAUUUCCUGUUUGA